CGCGCGCUUCGCCUGGGUCGCCGGCGGACGCGCGCAGCAGUCCGAGCCUCAGACGCGCCAGAGCGAGGAACCGCGCAGGGACAGCCGGACUGAGGCAGCUGGAGGCGACAGCUUCUGAAACACGCACGACAGCUGCGUUUCGGGGUCUUGGGCAGUAACGCCCCGGCGGGACGGUAGGCGCGGCGCGAAAACGGAUUUUGGUGGUAUUCUCCAGUGACAUCUAGUACCUCUGCCUGCUGAAGGGUUUGACCAAGGCAGCUCUCAACUGCUGACAUCGUCCUGAGCAAAGGAGGGCAUAGAAAUCAGGGGAGCCUUGGGAGGCUUCUGACCGGUGGAUCUUCUGAAGAGCAAUGCUAAGACAACCUUUGGCUUAAAGAAUUAAAAAGAAAUUUUACAUCUUCAAGUAAGAAGACUUCCUUCAAAGUUCCCUGCAUGAGAAAUUAUUUGAGCGUUGCCCACAACUCUUCUGCGAGAGAAGAAAAGGAAAUUCCGUGUGUGGGUCUCAGCAGGAGAAGAGCUGAUGCCGCUUAAAAUAAUGCCGAAAAAGAAGCACCUCUCUGCAGGCAGAGUGCCCCUGAUUCUCUUCCUGUGCCAGAUGAUUGGUGCCCUGGAUGUGCCUCUUGAUCCAAAGCUUCUUGAUGACUUGGUGCAGCCUCCAACCAUCACUCAACAGUCACCAAAGGACUACAUUGUUGACCCUCGGGAGAACAUUGUGAUCCAGUGUGAGGCUAAAGGGAAGCCUCCUCCCAGCUUCUCCUGGACUCGCAAUGGAACUCAUUUUGACAUCGACAAAGACCCUCUGGUCACCAUGAAGCCUGGCUCAGGAACACUCAUCAUCAACAUCAUCACUGAGGGGAAAGCAGAGACCUAUGAAGGAGUCUACCAGUGCACAGCAAGGAACGAGCGUGGCGCUGCUGUCUCUAAUAACAUUGUGGUCCGCCCAUCCAGGUCUCCCUUGUGGACCAAAGAAAGACUUGAACCAAUCACACUUCGAAAUGGUCAGUCAUUGGUACUUCCCUGUAGGCCUCCAAUUGGAUUACCACCAGCCAUAAUAUUUUGGAUGGAUAACUCCUUCCAAAGACUCCCACAGAGUGAGCGGGUUUCCCAAGGCCUGAAUGGAGACCUUUACUUCUCCAAUGUCCUCCCAGAAGACACCCGUGAAGACUAUAUUUGCUAUGCCAGAUUCAAUCACACGCAAACCAUACAGCAGAAGCAGCCCAUUUCUCUGAAGGUGAUUUCAGUGGAUGAAUUGAAUGAUACUCUAGCUGCUAAUUUGAGUGACACUGAGUUUUAUGGUGCUAAGCCUAAUAAAGAAAGGCCACCAACAUUUCUAACUCCAGAGGGUAAUGAAAGCCUCAAGGAGGAGCUAAGAGGAAACGUGCUUUCUCUGGAGUGCAUCGCAGAAGGCCUGCCUACGCCAAUCAUUUACUGGAUCAAAGAAGAUGGAACCCUUCCUGUCAACCGGACGUUCUAUCGGAACUUUAAGAAAACCUUGCAGAUCACUCAGGUUACAGAAGCAGAUUCUGGAAAUUACCAGUGCAUAGCGAAAAACCCAUUAGGAGCCGUUCAUCACACCAUCGCGGUCACAGUUAAAGCGGCCCCAUACUGGAUUGCGGCACCUCAAAACCUCGUCCUAUCCCCAGGAGAGAAUGGCACCCUCAUCUGCAGAGCUAAUGGCAACCCCAAGCCCAGAAUUGCCUGGUUAACAAAUGGAGUCCCAAUAGAAAUUGCUCCCGAAGAUCCCAGCAGAAAAAUAGAUGGUGAUACCAUUAUUUUUUCAAAUGUUCAAGAAAGAUUGAGUGCGGUUUAUCAGUGCAAUGCCUCUAAUGAAUACGGAUAUUUACUAGCGAAUGCAUUCGUAAAUGUGCUUGCUGAACCACCUCGAAUUCUCACAUCUGCAAACAUGCUGUACCAGGUCAUCGCAAACAGACCUGCUUUCUUAGACUGCGCCUUCUUUGGCUCUCCUCUGCCUGCCAUUGAGUGGUUUAAAGGAACCAGAGGAAGCGCUCUUCAUGAGGACAUUUAUGUUUUACAUGAUAAUGGAACAUUAGAAAUUCCUGUGGCCCAAAAGGAUAGUACAGGGACGUAUACAUGCGUUGCAAGAAACAAAUUAGGGAUGGCAAAGAACGAAGUUCACUUGGAAAUCAAAGAUCCAACCAGAAUCAUCAAGCAACCCGAACAUGCAGUCGUGCAGAGGGGGAGCAAAGUGUCCUUUGAGUGCAAAGUGAAACACGACCAUACCUUAAUCCCCACCAUCGUGUGGCUGAAGGACCAUGGAGAGCUGCCCAAUGAGGAAAGGUUCUCCGUUGACAAGGAUCAUCUGGUGGUGACUGACGUCAGUGACGAUGAUGGCGGGACCUACACGUGCACAGCCAACACGACGCUGGACAGAGUCUCUGCCAGCGCUGUGCUUAGGGUUGUCGCUCCUACUCCAACUCCAGCCCCCAUUUACGAUGUACCGAAUCCUCCCUUUGAUUUAGAGUUGACAAAUCAACUUGACAAAAGCGUUCAGCUGACGUGGACCCCAGGCGAUGACAACAAUAGCCCCAUUACAAAAUUCAUCAUUGAAUAUGAAGAUGCAAUGCAUGAAGCAGGCGUAUGGCACCACCAGGCUGAAGUUUCUGGAACACAGACCACAGCACAGCUAAAGCUGUCUCCGUAUGUGAACUACUCCUUCCGAGUCAUGGCGGAGAACAGCAUUGGGAGGAGUGUGCCCAGCGAGGCAUCGGAGCAAUACCUGACGAAGGCCGCCGAACCAGAUCAAAAUCCCACGGCUGUGGAAGGACUGGGAACAGAGCCCGACAACUUGGUAAUUACAUGGAAGCCCUUGAACGGUUUUGAAUCGAAUGGGCCCGGCCUCCAGUACAAAGUGAGUUGGCGUCAGAAAGAUGGUGAUGAUGAGUGGACCUCUGUGGUGGUGGCCAACGUAUCCAAAUACAUUGUCUCCGGCACGCCAACCUUUGUCCCAUACCUGAUCAAAGUUCAAGCCCUGAAUGACGUGGGGUUUGCGCCAGAGCCAGCUGUAGUCAUGGGCCAUUCUGGAGAAGAUCUUCCGAUGGUGGCUCCUGGGAAUGUGCGUGUCAAUGUGGUGAACAGUACCUUGGCAGAGGUUCACUGGGACCCAGUACCUCUGAAGAGUGUCCGAGGACACUUACAAGGCUACCGGAUCUACUACUGGAAGGUGCAGAGCUCGUCCAAAAGAAACAGACGCCACAUUGAGAAGAAGAUCCUCACCUUCCAGGGCAGCAAGACUCACGGCAUGCUGCCAGGGCUGCAACCGUACAGUCACUAUUUUCUCAACGUCCGAGUGGUCAACGGGAAAGGGGAGGGCCCAGCCAGCAGCGACAGAGGCUUCCAUACUCCAGAGGGAGUCCCCAGUGCUCCCUCCUCUCUGAAAAUUGUCAAUCCCACCCUGGACUCUCUCACUUUGGAAUGGGACCCGCCGAGUCACCCCAAUGGCGUCCUGACUGAGUACACCUUAAAAUACCAGCCAAUUAACAGCACACAUGAACUUGGCCCCCUGGUAGAUUUAAAAAUUCCUGCCAACAAGACACGCUGGACUUUAAAAAAUUUAAAUUUCAGCACUCGGUACAAGUUUUAUUUCUAUGCACAAACAUCGGUGGGAUCAGGCAGUCAGAUUACAGAGGAAGCAAUAACGACUGUGGAUGAAGGUAAGAUGGCUGGUAUUCUUCCACCUGAUGUAGGUGCAGGCAAAGUUCGAGCAGUAAACCCCAGGAUCAGCAAUCUCUCUGCUGCAGCCGCUGAGACGUAUGCCAAUAUCAGUUGGGAAUAUGAGGGACCAGAGCAUGUGAAGUUUUAUGUUGAAUAUGGUGUAGCAGGCAGCAAAGAAGAAUGGAGGAAGGAACUUGUAAAUGGUUCUCGAAGCUUCUUUGGGUUAAAGGGUCUCAUGCCAGGAACAGCAUACAAAGUUCGAGUUGGUGCUGAGGGGGACUCUGGUUUUGUGAGUUCAGAGGAUGUGUUUGAGACAGGCCCAGCGAUGGCAAGCCGGCAAGUGGAUAUUGCGACCCAGGGCUGGUUCAUAGGUCUAAUGUGUGCUGUCGCUCUCCUCAUCUUAAUUUUGCUGAUCGUUUGCUUCGUCAGAAGAAACAAGGGUGGUAAAUAUCCAGUUAAAGAGAAGGAGGAUGCUCAUGCAGACCCUGAAAUCCAGCCCAUGAAGGAAGAUGAUGGGACAUUUGGAGAGUACAGGUCUUUUGAAAGCGAUGCAGAAGACCACAAGCCUUUGAAAAAAGGAAGCCGAACACCUUCAGACAGGACUGUGAAAAAAGAGGAUAGUGAUGAUAGCCUGGUUGACUAUGGCGAGGGGGUGAAUGGCCAGUUCAAUGAGGAUGGCUCCUUUAUUGGACAAUACAGUGGUAAGAAAGAAAAAGAACCAGCCGAGGGCAAUGAGAGCUCAGAGGCCCCUUCACCUGUCAACGCCAUGAACUCCUUUGUUUAAGUCGGGUAGGCUCUGCGCCAAUGUCCCAUUUCUCUGGAAUGUCUUUCCUGAGCUCUUCUCUUCCCUCUCAGCCUAUGGACACGUGGGUAGAAAGGAUGUUUUCUGCUGUCUGUGAGUAUUAUGAGAGCAAAGCAAGAACACAACUCAGUCAUGCGAUACGUUAAUGUGAACUGGGGUGCAACGUGCGUACUUUUUGUUGUUCAGAGUGGGUUUUCUCAAUUUCCUUGGAACUGAUUAAAAAAACAAUCCAACAUCAUCCACAGCUCCCAUCAUUCCCUGUGCGGGACACAGCUCCAUAAGCUGCAUGAAACAUGCCGCACUGAGGCCACACCGCGGAUGUGAUGGCCGACAUGGUCAGGUACUUAGUGCCACUAUCCUCAGCUGAACCCUAAAUAUGAAUUCCGUUGUUAUUGUGGAGAGUGUUCCUGUAGCGUUCUCUAGAGCUCCAAUGUCUUUGUGGACAUUGUUGUGAAACUCGUGACUAUGUCUAGCUGUUGUUAGUCUUUCCGGGAGACUGUUAGGAACAGUGUGUACAAUAAAUACUUCCUAU